GUAUUUAGUUACUCUACUAACCAAUUUGAUAAGGAUACGAAUUUUCAUUUCGUAAAUGCAUUAAAAGAUGUUCACAGUUGUUUACAGCGAAAUGACUGUCUUAAUUGUGUUUAAUCUUCUUCUAUUAGGGCAUCAUGUACAGGGAUCGAAUAAAAAAGGCAUCUCAUUAUGGCCAGAUCAAUAUUCCUGCGAUGAUUUUAAAGCUCUUAACAAUAUGUCAUGGUGGUAUGACUGGCAUUCGGAUUUGGCAUUUUGGAAUAAAAAAGUUCCAGCGAACUGCAGUCCAAUGCCUCAACAUAUCCCUAUGAUAUGGACAUACAGCAACCACUCGACAAUAAACAUUCCACAAUAUGCUCAAUUUAUUUUGGGUUUCAACGAACCAGACCACAAGGAUCAAGCUAACUUGUCCCCACGUACAGCUGCAAAUGCUUGGAGAGAAGUAGAAAAACAUUCUCGGGGCUUACCUCUUGUCAGUCCCGCGCCAGCAGCCCAAAAUUUCCAUUGGUUGGACGAAUUCUUUAGUUUAUGUCAUGGUUGUCGUGUUGACUAUAUCGGUGCGCAUGCGUACAGUUGCUCAGCAAAUCAUGUAAUGUCGUACUUACACAAGUUAUAUCAAAGAUAUCAGAAGAAAAUCUGGUUGACAGAGUUUGCAUGCCCCCAGUCAUGGAAUGAGAAGCAACAAUUGCAUUUAAUGGAGACAUUGCUUCCUCGACUAGAGGCUGCACAUUACGUAUUCAGAUAUUCAUGGUUCGAGGCAAGAAUAACGAGGUCGUUUCCAAACGCAUGGGUAACUCCAGCAGCAAGUCUUUUGCAUAAUGACUCUUCGACGUUAACAAAUAUAGGCCGAUUCUAUAACAACUUCCAGGCAACGAACCCACAUAUAAUUGGAUAAUUUAUUAUCUCAAAUUAUGGAAUAAAGAACGAAAAUGGAUUGAUAA